GAACGAAUUAUUGAGAGAGAAAGAGGGAAAGAAAGAGAGAGAGAGAGAUCAGCUACUAUUAAGUGUAAGGUUAUGUAGCACAUAGUGUACGAGUAGCCAUUCUUGAUAUCGUUAAAAUAAAUUAGUGAUUUUUAUAGUAAAUAAAAAAAGGAUUACAGUAACAACCUUAAAAUGUCCUCGUGGAAGAAAGCCGCAAAGGCAGGUCAAAAGACUCACCGGGAACGUCACCAGCCGGAGGAACGCAAGCACCUGGGCUUGCUGGAAAAGAAGAAGGACUAUGUCGCCAGGGCUAAGGAUUUUCAAGAGAAGCAGGCAACGAUCAAGCUUUUGCGAAAGCGUGCGCUCAACAAGAAUCCAGAUGAGUUCUAUUUUCACAUGAUCAAUUCCAAGCUGGUGAAUGGCGUUCACCGAGAACAGAAAGAAGCCGAACACACGCCUGAGCAGAUUAAGUUAAUGGAAUCACAGGAUAUCAAAUAUAUCAGGUACAAGAGGCACAUCGAGUCAAGGAAGAUAAACAAGUUGCAGAGCCAGAUGCACAUGAUCGACGCAGCUAACGAGACGCAGAACCAGCAUAUCUUCUUUGUGGAUGAUGACGAGGAGAUGAAGAAUUUCAACCUGGCCAAGAGACUGGACACUCAUCCUGCAUUGAUAUCCAGAAGAAUCAAUCGACCGAAGAUGAGCCAACUGAACCAGUUGAAGCUGCCAGAUAUAGAUGAGAAGACUGUGGCUAAGCUCCGGCAAAAGAAUCAUAUGGCUUACACGGAACUCUCCAAGAGAAUCGCGAGGGAACGUGAAUUAACAAUUGUACAAGAUAAGUUGGAAAUGCGUAUUAAACUGAAGGAUAAAAAAAUUACAAAACCGAAAUGUUUGAAGCCUAAUACAAAAACUUCUGCUCCUAUUUAUAAAUGGAAGUACGAAAGAAAACGAUAACUUGUACAUGCUGUGUGUGUAUGUGUGUGUGUGUGUGUGCCUAAAAUUGCAUUUUGUAAUUUUUAUUAUCAUUACAUGUUAUUAAA